AUGGAUCGUAUUAUAAGUUUAGAAGAAGAGAUAUUGCAACUACGCAAGACUUUGCAAUUAAAAGAGAAAGAAUUACAAGAGUUGAAAAAGAAGUGGAUUCCGCUGCAACAAGUGAACGGAAUCAACCAACCUGGGGAAAACCAGGAGUUUUUUAACGCAAAAGCGCAGUUUGAUCGGCUUCCAAAAUGGGCAAUAGAAAGAUACAGUCGCCAAAUUCUUCUCCCCGACAUUGGAGUCGAAGGACAACAGAAGCUAUGUUCGGCUAAAGUCCUCAUUGUGGGAGCCGGCGGCCUUGGAUGCCCAGCUGCCAUGUAUCUUGCUGGCUCUGGUGUGGGUGAAAUAGGCAUUGUCGACUAUGAUACAGUGGAUCUGACGAACAUACACAGACAGGUCUUGCACGGCGAGACAGACCAAAAUAUGUCCAAGGCAGACUCUGCGGCGCAGGCGCUUAGAAAUAUAAACUCUCGAAUAACUAUAACUCCGUUCAACGUACAGUUGUCCUCGUCUAACGCUUUACAAAUAACAUCUCAAUACGACGUCGUUCUCGACUGUACCGACAACGUGCCGACGCGAUAUAUGCUAAAUGAUGUGUGCGUACUUAGUAAGUUACCUCUAAUAUCUGGAAGCGCUUUGAAAAUGGAAGGACAAAUAACCAUCUAUGGAUACAGAGCAAACAAAAAUAGCAACGAAAAGAGAAAACUAGAAGCCCGACUAAAAUCACAACGACGUUACGAAGAAAAGAAACGAAGAAUGACCGGACAGAGCUAUUUAGGUUUCAGAAUAAGCCAGCCCGAUAGGAAAUGGAUACAAGACGUUCCUAAAUCUGAAAGAAAAAUGGGUCCACCAUGUAGUUCUAACUUAUGCACAAAAGGCUUUAGAGAUUGCGAAAAAUUCAAAGAAGAAAAAAGAUUAGAAAUAUUUAAUAAUUUCUGGAAUAAUCUAGAUUGGAAUAAUAAAAAAAAAUACGUCAGGUCUUUAGUGGAGAACGUGCCCCCUAAAAGACGCCGCCUUAAACAUAAAGGCGAAGUCUCAAGAAAGGGCGCUUCUAAGAAUUAUUAUUUACUUUUAAAUGAUGAGAAAAUCAAAGUUUGUCGUGUUAUGUUUCUUAAUACUUUAGGCGUGAAAGAAACUAUGGUGAGAACAUGGUUGGACAAUAAAGAAAUACCUAGAAAAUCCAAAAAACCCAUCAAAAGCCUAAACGUUGAUACCUACAUAGAUACAUUACCUAAAAUGCUACCCAGAUGCCUAUAUUGCAGAGAACUCACAGACUUCUUAUACAUAAACAUCAAUAAUAUAAAAAAUAUAUUUCAAUUGUACAAUCAAUACAUAAGGGAUAUGAAGAUAAAGAACAUACAGCCAGCUUCCAGAAAAACAUUUUCAAAAGUUCUUACAAUGAAAAAAUUGAAAAUUUUCAAACCCAAAAACGACCAAGACAUAUGCGAUUUGGUACCGCAACAUAAUAAUAUAGACACUCAUAAUAAUAUAGAUCUAAAUGAAUAUAUAGAUGAACAGAAUGUACACGGUGAACAAAUUAUUGACAUACCAGUUGUAGUUGAUAAGAAUGUUGCACAUAUAACUGAAAAUGUUAACAUAAUGACGCUUAAUUAUUACUAUCACUGUACGAUAUAG